CACUAGAUAAAGUACGCUUAUAAAUUGAGGCGCAGGUUAGCUUAGAAUAGUGACCGAGUGAUAGAUAGGACGGAGUUAACAAAGAGGAGAGAAGAGAAGAAUGAAAAAGUGACCAAACCAAACCAACUGCCAUCUUAGCUUUUUAUCCAACGGCACCACCUUUUAUCCUUUCUUGCUCACUCGCUCUACCUCCCUCGCUUGCUCGCUGCCUUGUUCUUCCCAAUGGAGUCUCUCGGAUCUCUCCAUCAGAGUUUAGGAUCCGCCGUAAAUGUUCACUCGCUUUCUGGUAAAUCUUGUGCGCCGCCACGGUGGAGUUUGUUCAACAGGAACACGCUUGUGUUGCGUGCAGAGUCCUCUAAAUCUUCCACAACAACCAAAACUGAUGAAUCAUCUGAUGCCUCAAACGGGACUAAAACUGUUCGGAGGACAACUUUCCCUAAAGAAGUGGAGGCACUGGUUCACGAGAUGUGUGAUGAGACUGAGGUUGCUGUCCUCAAACUCAAGGUUGGAGAUUUCGAGAUGAACCUGAAGCGGAAGAUUGGACUUGCUGAAACUCCCAUUCCCGUGCCUGAUAUCUCUCCAUCUGUAGCUCCUCCGAUUCCUUCUGAGCCCAUGAACAAAUCAGUUUCUUCUUCUGCUGCUGCUGCUACCAGCCCAUCCAAAGCAAAACCUGCAGUGUCUCCGUUCAUAAACGCUGCAUAUCGAAAAUCAUCAAAGCUGGCUGCUUUGGAUGCAUCUGGAUCUAACAACUAUGUUCUCGUCACAUCUCCCUCAGUGGGAAAGUUUCAGAGAAGCAGAACUGUAAAAGGAAAGAAACAAGGUCCUACCUGUAAAGAGGGUGAUGCAAUAAAGGAAGGCCAAGUGAUUGGAUACUUACAUCAGUUGGGAAAAGAACUUCCAGUAACGUCAGAUGUAGCUGGGGAAGUUCUCAAGCUUCUUUCAGAUGAUGGAGACUCUGUAGGUUAUGGAGAGCCUCUGGUUGCAGUCUUGCCAUCGUUCCAUGAUAUCAACAUCCAGUGAUACUUAUCCGGAGACUGUACUCUUUCAUCUUCUCCUAUCUUUCUUUUAUGGAGUAUAUGUAAUCGGUUGAUUGAAAAGUGCUUGCGAAUCUAUUUUGAUUUUCAUCUUGAUCACAUGAUUUGUGUGGAGGUUUAAUUCCUGAACAUGUGACGCAGCUAUAUUGUUUUUUUGUCACUCUUUGGAUUUUGGUUCGUCUUA